AUGGCCGUUCCUCUCCCGCCGCAAUGGGUCGUUGACCUAAACGCUCCUCCCUCUGCCAAACCCAAGACGUCGACUAUUGCCGACCCACCAGGCUACACUGCCCCGACCACCUCGUCCAAGAAUGCCGUCGCCCAGACAUCUGCUCGUAAAGCUCCUACGACCGAAGAGAUGGACACUUUGAAGCUCAAGAAAGCAUGGGAAGUCGCCAUUGCUCCAGCCAAGCAGCUGCCCAUGAACGCUUUCGGCAUGUACAUGUCGGGCAACAGUCUCCAGAUCUUCAGUAUCAUGAUGGUCUUUAUGCUUUUCAAGGGUCCUAUCACAGCUCUCAUCAACAUUCAGAACGUCUUUGCUCGUUUCGAGACCGAAGGCACCCGCGAUCGCAUGAUCAUGGUCAAGCUUGCCUAUGUUGCAUGCAACUUUCUGGCUUUGGCUCUUGGUGUCUGGAAGGUUAAUGGUAUGGGUCUCUUGCCUACUACUCGAUCCGACUGGCUCGCCUGGGAAACUGCUAGAGAGCCGCUCGCAAGAGCCUAUCCCAGCUCAAUGUUAUGA